AUGGCAUCUCAAGCUCCUGUCAGUUAUGUCUCUCCACGGGCGCGGUUUGGAUUGAUUAUCCCCGCCACCAAUACCGUCGUGGAGGCCGAAUUCAAUUGGAUGACAGUCCCGGGGGUUUCAUGGCAUAGCGGGCGCAUUGAGAUAGCGAAUCCGAAUCUAAACGACGAUGAUACCAUGGUAGCCUUCCUCGAGUCGCUACGAGGCACCAUCGGCGCCGCCGUGGAACGCGUCUGUUCGUGUUUACCAACGUACAUGGUAAUGGGUAUGAGCGCGGAGACAUUCUGGGGUGGGCAAGAGGGCGCAAAGCAAUUCGAACAGUUCAUGGUUGAGAAAGCAGGUGGCCUCAAAGUUACGACGGGUGCUUUGGCUGCUAAAUCUGCCCUUGAUGUCUAUGGAGCAAAGAAGAUUGGCAUCAUCACUCCAUAUCAAGCAGUUGGCGACCAACAGGUGGUCGAUUUCUUCACACAGAUGGGUUACACGGUGCACAUGAUUCAUGGUCUCCGUUGCGAUACAGCGACUUCGAUCGCCGAGGUCCAUCCCGAUACCAUCAAAGACGCCUUCAGGAAGGUCAACGCUUCGGAUGUCGAUGCCCUGCUACAAGCAGGCACCAACCUGCCUGCCGCGAGGGCUGCUGCAGAAAUGGAGAAGGAGCUCGGAAAGCCGGUGAUCGCAAUCAACACCGCAACCUUAUGGCACGCAUAUAGGACCAACGGUAUCCUGGAUAAGGUGAAAGGCUUUGGGUCUUUGCUAGAAGAGCAUUAG